CAUAGGCGCUCAUAAGCGCUCAUGUGUUGGUUAGCCUCUCCGGGUUCUCCCUGCACCGAGCCUCCGUUGCUUUGUGUCUCCCGGAACGAUGGUGCUUGAGACCACUGUUUUGUGACCGUCUGAUCAGCUUGGAAAUUUCAAUUCUCAAGCUGCAGGCCCACGAUGCUUCGGUUGCAUGAUUGUUCUCAUAGUCAGAAUUUACCACCCAUCCAUUGUUCGACCUGCAUAGCUCAAAGUGGAUGCCAAUGCCAAUGACCCUUCAACCUGCUGAAUCUCUAGCAUAAAAGCUCAUGUAUUCUGAUGUGCAGAUAAUCAUUUUUCGCACUCACCUAUCUUUCCAGAACCUGAACGUCAUGUACAGCAGCUCCCCAUUGCAUUGCUCUCCUAGCUCGCCGGCGACUGAGAAUCUAGGCGAGUGCUCCCCUCUCAACUUGACUGCCCUAACGCGAAAACUUGAACAGAUUGAACAAGUCCAGCAUGUACGGCCGCGGUCACAUUCAUACAACACUCAAAUUGUUUCAGGGCAUGACGAAUAUUGCGUCCGUAACGAAUACGCUCCCAUAGCUUCUGUUUUCCCAAAUUCCGGCUCGGCCUACCUCCCUCCCACUUGGAGCAACAGGGAGAUCAAGACGGUAUCAAAUGUAGCAUUGCACAACCUUUUCCAUAUUUCCAGUCGACUCCCGCUCAACGAGUGCCCUGCGAGGUUGCAGGUUGGGGAUCGCACCGUUUUUCCUUCUCGUUACGGUCCCCCAACGAGGCUCUUGUUCCGGGAAGAAUCGUCAUCACAGCUUACUUCAAGAUACGAAGGCGCUCCUGCAAUCCGCGUAUUUCCCGAUCCUGCCGACCUUCCAGUGCUGAGUCGUCAUGAUAAGGCACAGAAACUAUUGUUAUUCCAUAUUGAAUCUUCGAGACAGAAGUCCUUGCUGUAUCAUCCUGAUAUCCCACUAGAAGAAACACGGAUGCGGCGCAUUAUCAAUCCUAAUCGAAAACUAUUCUGUCCUGUUCCUUAUUGCGCUGCAGCGAUAGAACCAUACAUCGAAGAUGUUCGAGAGCAUUUGGUUUGUGAUCAUUCGCACAUCUAUUCUUUGUCGUCGAAGUUUUCUUCGGGAUACCUACGCUGCAGCUGUGGUCAUUUGAUAUGGGGAGGAGGAGAGGCUAUUGCUCUGCACACUGCCAGUAUGCAUGUCUACAGUCGAAAGGCGAUGUGUGUGCACUGUGACUGGGAAGGCAAACAAGAGACAUUCUUUUCCCACUUGAUUAUAUGUCCUGGAUUAUAUGUGAAAAAGAUCAAAAGGAAUGCUUGACUGUCAAUUGCUCUACGAUUGUUCUUCCGCACCCGAGUUUCUAGUGUGUAUUUCAGAUUCAAUCAAUCUCUCAUUUGCAUGUUGCUACAUACAUACUACAUACUUGGUUUCUAUGAUUAUCAUGGAUUUGGUAUGGAGCUCUGAGUAGCGCGCAUGAAAAUUACGUUGUAUGUAGUAUGAAACAUAUGGGUGUCCUUCUUGGACAAAAAUAAAACGUGCUUGAGAUUGCGUGAUCGCGUAC